AUCCCAGACCAGAAGAUAACCAGCUGUAGUGUGUGUGGUGUGGCAGGUGGAUGAUGUUAACACGCUCAGAUAGGCUUUCCCUUCCGGUAUAUCAAAAAUAGGAAUUAUCCUGCUGCUCCUCCUCCCAAUUUACUAGAAUCCGUCACAAUCCAUCUUAUCGUCCCUGUUAGCAGAGAGGGAGAGAGCGACCACGAGCAUUCAUUUUCCUAACGAUUUACUUUUUGCUGCACCGUAGUGUGAGCAAAGCGUUUCUGUCAAUAGUUUAUAGUAUUGCAGACCAUGCGUAUUUCUCUUGGCACAGGCGUAUGUUAGUGUACUAUUUCGUUUUCUAUUUAAGUAAGGCUCUGUAACUGUACUUUUUAAAUUGUCUACGAUGCCGCAGAUAUGCCUAUUUGUACUCUAUCGUAUAUUCAAUGUCCUUUUUCCAUUUUUAUCAGUUAAUCAACAUCAGCAGCAGCUCGUGGAAGGGCAAGUGUAUGAAGCGACAAAACGUAAAGCAAAAAAUCAAUAACCGCUGGUAGAGCAGUUUUUUUUGAGGUUUUUUUCUUUCUGCGCCGAAGAGACUACAAUAAACCGUAUUUUAUCCGGUUUUCUUCUCGGACACAGCAAUCAAAAAUGAAAUAUCCUUGAGAGAGAUAGACAGGCCAGUGCUGCAGCAUAUGAAAGUGACCUCUACGUGGCUGGGUGGAUGAGCGUGUGAGCGUGUUUGUGUGGAAGUGGUAGUUGUGUUUGGAAGUGGUAACGGAAGAACGGCGGAAGCCGAUCCCGGGACACCAAACUGUGGAAGGCACUAGAACCACAGGAUGAUGGAUCAUUGGGCGAGAUCGACACCACGAACGGACAUGGAAAAGAGAGAAAGAGAGAUCGAGAGCUGGGAAAUCCUCAAGUGAAAAACCACAUUUGUAUAAAGCUAAGUAAAGAAACAGCAUUUCUUCAAGCAAGUGACAUAAUAAAGUUGAAAGAAGAAACAUUAAACACAGACUCGAGAGAUGAGGACCCGGCUGAAACACUGGCACAUGAAAGCGGCCAAAGGGUGCUGAAGGGAUUGUGGGUGAUGAUAAGCAAAAGGAGAGAGAAAUGCAUGCUACUAAGAUCGAGCUGAGGAGUGGUUGAGCGAACCGCAAAACGACAAGCAGCAGCCAAUACAAGAAACAAACUAAUAAUAACACCAGGAUAAGAGAAUAU